CUGAGCUUUCACAGCAUGGACCUCUUUUGGGUGCUUGGCAAUUUGUUGGUCAGAUCCAGGGGACUGAGGCUGCCCUGAUCUGGGUCUCCAGGCGGCAUUUGUGGCACAGGGUCUCAGGGAAGGAAACAAGGUCGAAUGUGGGCAUGUAUGGGGCUUCCUCCAGGAUUCCUAAGCCAGAUCAGUCCCAUAUUGCCUUCCGGAGCUAAGGGGCCAUCGUCAGGACGUCAGGGGGAUUGGGGUUCCCUCUCAGGCUCCCAGCAGCCUGGGACCUCCAGGCACCCUGCCUUCCCACCAUGGACCUCACCUUAGUGCUGUCUGGGACCUUCCCAGCGAGUCCCCUCCCCAGUCUGGACCCAGCCCUGCCACCUCAGCUUUCACUGUGCUGCCCCCGCUGCACGAACAAUAUCCUUUCUAUUUGGACUUGACUCUGCUGCCCUUUGGAGAUCGCAGUGUGUAACGUGAGCUCCUGUCCAGAGGGGGUGGGGGGAGAGGCGCCCCCUGCACGCUGGCCUGUCCCAUCGCGGUCGCCGUGUCUGGCCUGCCGCUGCCGCCACCGCCACUGCCCCCCGCCCCCGAGGCCGGGGUGGUCUCCGGGCCGUCGGAGCAGGGCCGCCCCAAGACGGGAGCAGAAGGAGGAGGCCCGCGCCAUGGCAGCCCGGCUGGGCGCGCUCGCCGGGUCUGGGCUCUACCGGCGGCGCCAACACCGGCAGAGCCCGCCGCCCGCUGCGCUCGGCAACAUGUCCAACGCCUUGGCUAAUGCGGCUUGCCAGCGCUGCCAAGCCCGCUUCGCCCCUGCAGAGCGGAUCGUUAACAGCAACGGGGAGCUGUACCAUGAGCAGUGCUUCGUGUGUGCGCAGUGCUUCCGGCCGUUCCCCGAGGGGCUCUUCUACGAGUUCGAAGGCCGGAAGUACUGCGAACACGACUUCCAGAUGCUGUUUGCUCCAUGCUGCGGGUCCUGCGGUGAGUUUAUCAUCGGCCGUGUCAUCAAGGCCAUGAACAACAACUGGCACCCUGGGUGCUUCCGCUGUGAGUUGUGUGACAUUGAGCUGGCCGACCUGGGCUUCGUGAAGAAUGCAGGCAGGCACCUGUGCCGGCCUUGCCACAACCGUGAGAAGGCCAAGGGCCUGGGCAAGUAUGUCUGUCAGCGGUGCCACCUGGUCAUUGACGAGAAGCCCCUUAUGUUCAAGAAUGACGCCUACCACCCCGACCACUUCAGCUGCACCCACUGCGGGAAGGAGCUGACUGCCGAGGCCCGGGAGCUGAAGGGGGAGCUCUAUUGCCUGCCCUGCCACGACAAGAUGGGCGUCCCCAUCUGUGGGGCCUGCCGCCGGCCCAUUGAGGGCCGUGUGGUCAACGCACUGGGCAAGCAGUGGCAUGUGGAGCACUUUGUCUGUGCCAAGUGCGAGAAGCCAUUCCUGGGGCACCGGCACUAUGAGAAGAAGGGCCUGGCCUACUGUGAGACCCACUACAACCAGCUCUUUGGGGACGUCUGCUAUAACUGCAGCCAUGUGAUCGAGGGAGAUGUGGUGUCAGCCCUCAACAAGGCCUGGUGUGUGAACUGCUUCUCCUGUUCCACCUGCAACAGCAAGCUGACCCUGAAGAACAAGUUUGUGGAGUUCGACAUGAAGCCCGUGUGUAAGAGAUGCUACGAGAAGUUCCCACUGGAGCUGAAGAAGCGGCUGAAGAAGCUGUCGGAGCUGGCCGCCCGCAAGGCCCACCCCAAGUCUGUGGGCCUCAACUCUGCCUGAGGGGCUCCCGCCUGCCUUCUGCUUUUGUCUCCCCUUGCUGCUGGAGCCCCUGCUCCUGGUGCUCUCGAUGCUCCCUUCCUGCUGCUGCCUCUACUCCUCAUGUCUGCUCCCCCCUCCCUCCUUCUCUCCUCCCCUCCCCCACCCCCUCCUUCCCAGGCCUCCUUUCUCUCCUCCUUCCUUCAAUGCAGGCACGGGGCAGAUGCAGGGCCCUUGAACCUGUAACAGGCCUGUGCCCACAAGCCUUAGCUCAAGGUCCUCCAGGGACAUGAGGGAAUGGGGGCCUGGGGUCACCUGUCCCCAGUCAUGGACCCCACUGCUCCUGGCCCUGCUUGUCCUGACCUCUCCCAUAUUCCUGCAGCACCCCUCCCACCCCCACUCCCCACCAGCUCACAUUCUCCUGUGGGAGUUUGGGCAGCCUCCACCCCAGAGUGUUCCUACUAUAUGCACAUGGCCCUGGGGAGGCCACAACAAGGCAGCUACCCUGGCCAUGAGGACGCGGGCCCCUGGGGAACCAGCCUUUCACCCUUGGCCACGCACUCACUCAGCCAAGUAGGAUCCCUGUGCUUAAACUAGGCCAGCAAAUCCUGCCACUGCACCCCACAAUCGUCAGGAGGGACAAGGACCACCCCUCCCCCCCCACCAUCACUCAUGAGGCCUCCUUUCUGAAAUCUGGCCUUGGCCAGUCUGUCCUGGGCCAGGGGCCCUGUGGUUCCCCCAAGCUCCUCUGUGGUCCCCACAGCCCCUCAGGCUCCCUGCUCCCCACUCCACCCACAAGGGUACAUGCGGACUGGCUCUCAGGAUGCAGCUGACUGAGGCCAGAAGGUAGUGGGAUUGGGUGGGUGGCCCAUUCUGACCUUCCAGGAAGGACACUUCCUCCGUGGCCACACAGGACCUGGUGCUUGCACAGUGAAUGAAGGCUUAUUUACAUGA